AUGGCUCUUACCUUGACUUGCAACUCGCUCCAUCCCUCAAUGCCAGUUUUCUCAAGAACCCUUUUCUCAAUUCCUAUGUGCAAAGAGCUUUCACUGGAUAUUUCGCCUUGUGCCAGUUAUGGAAGCAGAGCAGCAAAGCAAUGGAAGAGACUGGUGCCGAUCAAAGCAACAGUGGCGGAGGCACCCCCUAAUGUUUGGAAAAAUGUGGCUGAAAAUGGAGGGGAUGGUGUCCCUCAGAAGAAGAAGCUUAGGGUGCUUGUGGCUGGUGGAGGGAUUGGUGGGUUGGUGUUUGCUUUGGCUGCCAAGAGAAAAGGGUUCGACGUGGUGGUGUUUGAGAAGGACAUGAGUGCUAUAAGAGGGGAGGGAAAGUAUAGGGGUCCAAUUCAGAUACAAAGCAAUGCUUUGGCUGCUUUGGAAGCUAUAGAUAUUGAGGCUGCGGAAGAAGUUUUGAGAGUUGGUUGUAUUACUGGUGAUAGGAUCAAUGGGCUCGUGGAUGGGGUUUCUGGCGCUUGGUACAUAAAGUUUGAUACAUUCACGCCUGCAGCGGAGCGUGGGCUUCCAGUCACUAGAGUUAUUAGUCGAAUGGCUUUACAAGAAAUCCUUGCUCGUGCUGUUGGGGAGGAUGUCAUUAUGAAUGACAGUAAUGUUAUUGAUUUUGUUGAUCAUGGAGACAAGGUAACUGUGGAGCUGGAGAAUGGUCAGAAAUAUGGUGGAGAUCUCUUGGUUGGAGCAGAUGGGAUAUGGUCCAAGGUGAGGAAUAAGUUAUUUGGCCGAACAGAAGCUACUUACUCUGGCUAUACUUGUUACACUGGUAUUGCAGAUUUUGUGCCUGCUGACAUUGACUCUGUUGGGUACCGAGUAUUCUUAGGACAUAAACAAUACUUUGUAUCUUCGGACGUCGGUGCUGGAAAGAUGCAGUGGUAUGCAUUUCACCAAGAACCUGCUGGUGGUGCUGAUAUCCCCAAUGGGAAAAAGGAAAGGUUGCUUAAGAUAUUUGAGGGUUGGUGUGAUAACGUGAUUGAAUUGAUACUUGCCACAGAAGAAGAGGCAAUUCUUCGACGAGACAUAUAUGACAGGACCCCAACAUUUACAUGGGGAAAGGGCCGUGUCACAUUGCUUGGUGAUUCUAUCCAUGCCAUGCAGCCAAAUAUGGGCCAAGGAGGAUGCAUGGCUAUUGAGCACAUGAAAAUAUUUCUUGUUGAUGCAAUGGACAUCAACAAAGUCGAAUUAUCGAUGGAACACUCAAAUGCUAUGGACAGUUAUCAACUUGCAUUGGAAUUAGACAAUGCAUGGGAACAAAGUAUCAAAUCAGGAUCUCCAAUUGAUAUUGAUUCUUCCUUGAAAAGCUAUGAGAGAGAAAGAAGAAUAAGAGUUGCCAUUGUUCAUGGAAUGGCUAGAAUGGCAGCUUUGAUGGCUUCCACCUACAAGGCAUAUCUUGGUGUUGGUCUUGGGCCAUUGGAGGCAAACGACCAGUUGCACACAUGGUUUGAAGACAACGAUGCACUUGAGCGUGCCAUUAACGGAGAGAUUAACUUUAAGGAUGGCGCCUUCUUCGUGACUGAUUUGAGGAGUCUGCAUGGCACCUGGAUCAUUGACAAUGAAGGAAGGAGAUACAGGAUACCACCAAAUUAUCCUUCUCGUGUCCGUCCAUCUGAUGUGAUUGAGUUUGGUUCCGAUAAGGUUAGGCUCUACAUAUCCAGUACUGGCAUGCUUUGGGGUAUAGCUAGGUAUGCCUUAAUCACUGUUGAUUCAGGUGCGAUUGUCCUGAAAACAGCUAAACAUGUCUUGGGUCAGGUUCCUACAUGGGCAGGCUCGUAUGUUUUUGGGCCUGCUGGGCUGGACUCAAAUCUGGGUCCAGAAGAUGGAUUUUCAAUUCGGCUUCAUAUCGUGUUAAGUAUGAUGAGAUUGACAAAGCAGAGACCCAAAAUGCAAAGAAAGAGAGGAGGAAUGAGGCAUGGGGCUGGACCUACAAUUAAUAAUGCACCUUCGUGCCUAGAUCUUGCGUUACACCAUGCUAAUGAAGAAAAUGCACUCAACAAGACAACUAUAUAUUUUGGAGGAGUUGGAGUUUUUGACAAUAGUGUUGAGUGGGUGAUUCUAGAGAUGGAGGGAGGGAUGGUUAGGGGCUAG